AUGACCAUUCCUCAGGGUACAAAAGUGAAUAACUUGAAUCUGCGUGUGCUAUUUAAACCCAUUUCUUCGUGGAUUUUGAGAAUUCCAGACAAAAAACACGUGGGAGCUUCUAACGGGUUAAAAAUAGGAGGCAGCUGCAAUUUUCCACCGGUCGAGUCGAUCGUUUCUUGGAAGAAGAAAACUAGGGUAGCUCUCUCAUUCCAGUGUUUUUUCACGCAUUUUCUGGCACACAGUGAAGGAGAGAAGAAGAAAAAAUGGUGGAGGCAAAAAACAAGGUGUCAUCAGACCAUUGGUGGUUUGAAAGUCACAACAAGAGUAGCUCAAAUCGAUCUCCAUGGGCUUCAAUCCACACUUGCAGGGCUUGAUGAGAAAACGAGAACAAUGCUGAAACUAGUCGAGGAAGAUGCAGAUUUCUUCGCCAAACGUGCAGAAAUGUACUACAAGAGAAGACCAGAACUCGUUAACACAGUCGAAGAUCUUUAUCAAGCCCAGCGCUCACUAGCUGAGGGAUAUGAUCAGGUCAAGUCUGAAUCUGGAACCCGCCUUGUAACAACACCAUGGUCAUCUCCGUUAUCUAUUAACAAAUCUCUACUUGAGAAGUCUAUAAGCUUGUGUGACAAAGCAUAUGAUAGCUACUCAGAGACUUAUGGACCAGAGGAAUCGGAUGAGUCCGAGGUUGACGAUCCAGAAGAAGUUUAAACAGUACAAGAUAAUGACGUAAUUGAAAAAACGGAACUGAUGAAGCUGAAAGAAGAAUUGAAGAGACUCAGAGAAGGGAACGAGGUUCUCAAGGAGCAGCUACUGCAAAAGGAAGAUGAGAAACUGGAAGUCAUUAGACAACUGAGUUUUGCCAUGGAUUUGCUGAGGGAGGAAAAUGUCAGGCUGAGGAAGAAUUGUAACGCUUUAAACAUGCCAAAGAAAGAAAAGCCCCAAUUCAACAGGUCUAAUGACAGUUUCUUGGGAAGGUUGUUCCAUGGAUUUCUACCAUUGCAGGCAUUAUAUAGUUGCUCUUUAGAGUCUUGAUAUGAAUCUACGCCAUUCGGCAGUAUGUAUUGAUAUAUAGUAUGUGGUGUGUAAGGAUUUAUAUCGGUCAUAGGAUUUUUUUCUGAACUAAAACAUAGUAGUGUGUUUUUCUAUUACCAUUCAUUCAUUUAUUGGCCUUUUUGCCACAUUUUCAUCCAA